CCUGUGGAAUUCGUCCUCGUCCCCCCCCGUCACUGCUGCGUUCCGCUUAGCGACAUCGACUGAGCCGAGUUUAACGUGUCUAUAUGCCAAAUGAUGCUCACAGGGUGGUUUUAGCUCAACACCACCCGCUAUGUCGCGCUGGUUGUCGGUGCAUUGCUUUUAAAUCUUUGUCCGUCUUAAAGAAAGUGAACCAGGAAGCUUCAGAAAAGAGCCGAGAGGAGAGCAGACAGACCGGAGGCCACGGUUUCCCCCACAUCUCGCUAACACACACAUACGCGCACACAUCACUCCGGCCUUGAUGGUGAUGUAUGCAAGGAAACCAGCAAGAGUCAGUGAUGGGUGCACCGACAGAAGGGAUUCCCAGUCCUAUCAGACCCAUAAAUCUCAGCCAAAGAGCCAGACCAGCAGCCUUCACCGUUACGACAAGGUGCGUGAUGGCCCAUCAGAGUCCACGCCCCCUUAUAAGAUGCUGCGGCGGUCAGAUGAAAGUCCUGUCAGCAAACAGGGAGAUGGCACAGGGCACGGCAAGGCCAAAAUCGCCCACACUGUUCGAGCGAAAAACGGCACCAGCGAAUCUCCUCAUGAGAACUCUCAAAACAACAGUUCCCACCUUGGUGCCGACUCGCAUUCCGUUCAGAGCAAGCCCGCAGAGCGAGACCCAGCCGAUGACUGGACAGAACACAUCAGCUCCUCUGGGAAAAAGUACUACUACAACUGUCGAACUGAAGUCUCUCAGUGGGAGAAGCCCAAAGACCUGUUGGAGAGAGAGCAACGGCAGAAAGACCCGGCCAAGAUGGCGGCCAACAGUUUCCCCAGGGACAUGGACUACAGACAAGAGGCCUUGCAGGACAAAGCUGCGAAGAACACUUCCGGGGACCAGUCAAAUGCGUCCAUUUCCGUUCCCGCAUCCUCUUCCUCUCAGACCCUAAACUCAUCUUCCACCACAUCGACCACAUCCUCGUCGUCCUCUUCCUCCUCCACCGGGCCGUUAAGUCAAAGUGCCCAGUCCUCAUCGCCAGCGCUGCUUCAGGACCCGGCCCUCCUGCGCCAGCUUCUGCCCGCACUUCAAGCUACGCUGCAAAUGAACAACGGCGGGAUGGACAUGGCCAAGCUCAAUGAGGUCUUGGCAGCCGCCGUCACCCAAGCUUCCUUGCGGUCUGUGCUUCAUAAGCUGCUCGCGGCCGGACCCGCUUUCAACAUCACCGCUUUGCUCUCAGCCGCUCAGCACGCCAACCAAGCGCAACACUCCAGUCAGUCACCCGCAUCCCUGACGUCAGACGCCUCGUCGCCACGACCUUACGUGUCACCGCGGAACGGCACGCCGCAGAGCAACCAGAAAAACCUUCUGAGUGUUCACCAGAGCGGCAUUGCGUCUUUACAGACGAGGAGCAACGCAUCUUUAGCUAAACAAGGCGGCGUCCCUCCGGGUCAGACCACAGAAAAGCAUCCCGAAGACCCCAGGACUCUCCAGCAACGGAGCCAGGAGAUUCUCUCCUCUGGGUCAAACGCAGCCGGUGCAACUUUGUCCCAGCCCACUUCCGGCGCAACUAGUCAAAGUCAAUCGGAGGCUCCCAUGUCCUUCACCCCGUCCCUGGCAGCUCAUUUUGAUGAGAAUCUCAUCAAACAUAUUCAAGGAUGGCCUUCCGAGAACACUGAAAAACAGGCGGCCCGGCUGCGGGAGGACAUCCACAACAUGGGCAGCCUGUACAUGUCGGAGCUGUGCACCGAGAUGAAAAACCUUCGCUCCCUGGUCAGAGUCAGCGAAAUUCAGGCCACGCUGAGGGAACAAAGAAUCCUGUUUCUGAGGCAGCAGAGCAAAGAGCUGGACAAGCUGAAGAACCAGAACUCUUACAUGGUCUGAUGGACUCGACGGGGUCGGAUGGCUCACAAUGUCGAGAAAACGGCCCGCCAGACGAGUGCGGCCGCUCUUCCCUGCUUAGUGCCCUCACAAGAGCGAGGCUCUUAGACGGCCGCGGCUUUCCAUGGGGCGACAGUCAUCAUCCUGAACCUGUCUGCCAUCCCCCCCACCCCACCCCUUAUCCCAUCUCCAUGCGAGUCGCUCUGAUUGAAAAGGUGAAACGAUGGCUCACCGAGCCGGACACCGAGGACCUCAGGCUCUUUUCAAACGGCACCUUCUUGGCUCGUGUUUGGCGUAUGGACUUUGUUUUCAGGUGCGUUUACGAGUGUCUCAUGGAUCCAUGGUCUUGUCAGUCACAUCUGCCUUCCAAGCCUCUCACGCGGAUUUUGGUUGAAUACGUCCAAUGAGUCAUGCGUCUGAAAAUGUAUGGCUUCAUUGGCAGUGAUGUUACUCUUGUUUUCUUUUGGGUUGUUUUUUUUUUUUUUUUUUCUCUUCAGAGUAGUCACCAUUCCAUUUAACUUGCAGCUGAUUCUCAUUUCGUGACAUGAGAUGAACCCGACAUUUCUAAAGUUCAAGUGUUGGUAUUUCAAUUCAUGCGGUUCCACUGCAAUGGCAAAAAUCAAGUUAGGAAGUUGUCUCCAGAUUCCUGAUGUUUAAAAGCCAUUUGGUGGGGGGGGCAUACAUUAUUUGGACCUAGUACAGCUGCUAGUAUAAUGAGGUCAAUUUAAUGUGAUUGCUUGAUCAGUUAUGCUUUAGAUUUGCUUUUUUAAAAACUUUUUUGUUUCCCCGAACACGCAAACUGGGGACAAAUGUUUCAUUCCUUUUGUGCUGUCUAGCAAGUGAGUGUAAAAUAGCAAAGUGACUGAAUUAACAGUCAUGUAAAUUAUUGGUGAUUAAGUUUGUGCUUGUUGUCAUACUGCAGAACCUUGUUGGAAAUACGUUUUUUUUUUAAAUUGAAUUUUGCGUUUUUGAUUGAUUUUUCACUUUGUUAUACUGCAGUGGCCGUUGAGUUCAACAAUUUGACUUGCAAGGCUUUUUUUUUGUGACUUUUUUUUUUUAACAAAAUGUUUUUGCUUUAAAUAUAUUCGGUCACUGAACAACUCGGAGCUCACGAACUGCAUUUGUACACACCCAGAAAGCAAUUUAUUUUGUUUUUCAGCCGUUGUCCCUCCCCCUUUUGUUCCGUAGAUUUCACCAGAUUAUGUGGUGCACACUUUUUCUCGAUGGGGCGGGUGGGUCGGGCUGACUGUAGGAGUCGGCGCGUGUGGGGGGUGCCAGGACUUUGUAUUCCGUACAAUAUGAGAUUAAAAUAUAAUACCACACUUAGA